GACGCUUGCAAAUCCUCCGCCCCCACCCUCAGGCAUAGCUAGCAUGGGUGAACCAUGACCAAAGAAGAAUGCUGGAAUAUUGUCUGGUGUAGAUGGAAGGUCAUCCAAGGCCUGACGCCAUUCAACUUGUGUCUUGGGUAGCUUCAAAGAAGAUGAAGUGGAGGCCGACAUAUUCCGAGAGGUUGAUUGGAGAUAUGAACGGACGUCUGGGAUGUGAGAGCGAAAGAAAGUGAACGCUAUGAUUGCGAGAGACAGCGUGAAUGCCAAAAAGAAAUGUUUGAGGAAGGUGGAGCCUGUCUCACGAGACAUGAUUGAGUUGACCGUCUUUUAUAACGUCACGACUCUCACAUACCAUCCGUCCUACGCCUUUCAUAACUAUCGCGACCACCGCCUGGACUGCGAACGAACGGCCCAGGAUUAUAAUUGCUUGACAAGCAAGUGCACUUUGGCGCCCAUAAAGGUUGUCAUUACGCGAUUUGGCACUCGUCAUCUUCUUGUCUUUAUACGACUCGCACUGGCCUGUCACCUACACCGAAUUUGUACUCGACCUCUGCAGUUGAUUUAGCGGGAGUAAGUUAAACGCACUCAGAAGGACCUCUUAUACUCUAGGUCUCACUAAGAAGGCUUUCUCUCCAUUUGUCGGUGGUCUACGCAAGAUGUCCCGAUGGCUUAGAGGAACCACGAUUAGGAAAGGUGGUUCUUCAAAUGGCUCCAGUGCAACGCGCCAUUCAACACCUCAGGUGCAGAGCACCUCGACUACGAUAUUCGGAGGUGGAGUGAAGGAUCCCUCAGGGCGAACAUCAGAGUACUUUUCUAUGGACGACCAAUGUCCAGUAUGCAAAUCAGAUAGAUAUUUGAAUCCCAAACUUCGUCUUUUGGUCAGUGCAUGCUAUCACAAGAUGUGCGAGUCUUGCAUCGACCGUUUAUUUACGUUAGGUCCCGCACCAUGUCCGAUAUGCAAUAAGAUUCUACGAAAACUGGCGUUUACACCACAAACAUUUGAGGACUUAGAUGUCGAGAAAGAAGUCGCUGUGAGACGUCGGAUAGCCAAAGAGUUCAAUAAGCGGAGAGAAGAUUUCCCAGACUUACGAUCAUAUAAUGACUAUCUCGAGGAGGUCGAAGAUAUUGCAUUCAAUCUUAUCAAUGACAUCGACGUCGCAGAGACAGAGGCCCGAAUAGCGCAAUACAAAAUAGAAAAUGCAGCCAUCAUCGAGCAGAACCUCCAGAGAGAAGAACAGUAUGCUCAAUAUCUCAAAGAGCAGGAAGAAGCCGACCGACUGGAACGUGAGCAACGAGCAGCAGAACUCAAGAAGCUUGAAGAGGAAGAGCGUGAAGAAAAAGAGAAAGGUCGGCAAGAGCUUAUCGAUAAACUGGAGACGAGUGACAAGGACGUGAAGAAGCUUAUUGCCCGUUCACGUGCAGAGGCUAUGAAACGCGCUGCUGCUCGUAUAAUAACUCCCGCAUUACGAAGCACUUCACAUUUGCUCCGCUCCCGUGCUGCUCAGAGCACUGCAGUGCCAGAUGUCCCACAUGUCCCCCUUCAAGAUGAUUGGUACGCUUAUGAAGACAAAUUCACUUUGCGGGACGACUACGACGAUCCUGUAAGUGACGCGGUAAGGAAGGAUAGGGAGGGCAUUAUGAGGGCUGGAGGAUACCGAGUGGAGGAGGCAUGGGAAAGAGCACUUAGGUUUGCCGUAGCAGGUCUGGAUGUUCGUCCAUUGCAAGGGUUACGGUCGGAACCCCCUCCCGCGAGUACUAGCCAAGAUGUUGUAAUGACAGCAGCUUAGCGGUUUCUGAGUGGAUGACUGUUUGUGUAUUUGCCCUUCAUCCUGUAUCCAUGUACUCUGUAUAAUUACAACGCAUUAAUAGAUACCAGACAAUGCCAAACAUAUGUACGUCUGUAAUAAUAUAAACUACUAUGGUAUAACAGUACGGUGUGGUGCCCAAUAUGUAUGAGGUUCAGAAUGCACAGUGAUGCGCCGUUACACAAGUCGUCGUCGUAUCCAUUGUAAUCCGCACCAGUCUUCGCUUACACGUAACCUAGACCAUCUUCACACUGGUGACAAUGCGACGAGCAAGC